UCUGGAGGAGUAUCUUCUGAACUGAGAUCUGCUGCUGUGAAGAUGAUGUUUGUUAAAGAGGAGAGUGAAGAGAACACGAGUGAACCAGAAACCUGGAGAAUAAAACCCAAGGAGCCAGAAACCUGGAGAAUAAAAACAGAGCAGCCAGAAACCCGGAGUAUAAAACCCGAGGAGCCAGAAACCUGGAGAAUAAAAACAGAGCAGACAGAAACCCGGAGAAUAAAACCAGAGGAGUCAGAAACCCGAAGAAUAAAACCAGAGGAGCCAGAAACCUGGGGAAUAAAAUGCAAGGAGUCAGGAACUGGGAUAAUAAUCAGAAACCUGGAGAAUAAAACACGAGGAGCCAGGAGAAUAAAACACGAGGAACAAGGAGGUUGGUGCCUAAUGAAAGAAGAAAGGCAAGAUCUGAAUGAGGUGGAGGAGAAAUAUCAGGAUCAGAAAGAUCAUGAUGUCAAUGGAGAAAAAUCAGUGAGUUGCAGCCUUAAAACAACAGAAGUCAAGAGGCCUUUCAGCUGCUCUCAGUGUGGAAAGAGUUUCAAACGUAACUGUAAUCUUAAGACUCACAUGUUUAUUCAUACUGGAAUAAAGCCUUUCAGCUGCUCUCAGUGUGGAAAGAGUUUUACACGGAAAGCUAGCUUAAAGGAUCACAUGUUUAUUCAUACUGGAAUAAAGCCUUUCAUCUGCUCUCAGUGUGGAAAUAGUUUUACACUGAAAGGUAGCUUAAAGGAUCACAUGCUAAUUCAUACUGGAAUAAAGCCUUUUAGCUGCUCUCAGUGUGGAAACACAUUUACACGCAAAGAAGGCCUUGAGAAGCACAUGUUUAUUCAUACUGGGAUAAAGCCUUUCAGUUGCUCUCAGUGUGGAAAGAGUUUUACACUGAAAGCUAGCUUAAGGCAUCAUAUUUUAAUUCAUACUGGAAUAAAGCCUUUCAGCUGCUCUCAGUGUGGAAAGAGUUUUACAUCUAAAGUAGGCCUUAAGAACCACAUGAUAAUUCAUACUGGAAUAAAGCCUUUCAGCUGCUCUCAGUGUGAAAAGAGUUUCAUAUUUAACCGUAGUCUUAAUAGGCACAUGUUAAUUCAUGCUGGGAUAAAGUCUUUCAGCUGCUCUCAGUGUGGAAAGAGUUUUACACUGAAAGAAGACCUUAAGACUCAUUUGGUAACUCACACUUCAGAAAGUCCUUUCUGCUGUUCUCAGUGUGGAAAGUGUUUUACAUAUAAAUCAAGCCUUAAGAGGCACAUGUUAAUUCAUGCUGGGAUAAAGUCUUUCAGCUGCUCUCAGUGUGGAAAGAGUUUUACACUGAAAGAAGACCUUAAGACUCAUUUGGUAACUCACACUUCAGAAAAUCCUUUCUGCUGCUCUCAGUGUGGAAAGUGUUUUACAUAUAAAUCAAGCCUUAAGAGGCACAUGUUAAUUCAUACUGGGUAGAAGACUUUCACUUGCUGUCAGUUUGGAAAAACUUUUACACAGAAAGGACAUUGCAAGGUUCAUUUGGUAACCCACUCUUCAUAAAAGCCUUUCACCUUGGGGAGUUAAAGUAAAUGACUGUUUUUCUGAAUGACUGUCAUCAACUGGAUCACCUCAAGGAUGUGUCCUCUCCCCCUUAUUAUUUAUCUUGUACACAAAGGCUGUAAGAAUAGUUAUAGAAAUAGGCAUAUUAUAAAAUUUGCUGAUAAUUCCGUAAUCGUUAGCUUAUUGAUUGAGGACGACUCCAUGUUUGGCCCUGUGGAUUAUGAUUUUAUUAUGUGGUGUCAGAAUGCUUUCUUGAAACAUACUGUAAAGGCACAAUAUGUAAUUUUUCACCACUGGAGGGCGUGUAUUCAAAAUAAGCCGUCUAAGAGAAACAAGGCCAGUGAACAAACGUGACACAUGUAUAGUUUGAAAGCUUUUAUUAUGCCACAGUUGAUUGCUUCCGCUGCUUCUAAUCUUGCGUAUGAGAGGAAAAGCAGCGCUGUUUUAUCAUACUAGAUACGUUUGAAAGUCCUGUUAUAAUGCUACUCGGUGCGGUCAUCACCGGUCUAUUAAAAUGCACAACAUUAAAGUGUCUUUGGUGUUUCCAUGUUUUCUACAAAACAAAACCAGAAAUGGAGGGGAAAUGAAGAUGACACAAUGAGACUAUGGCCACUGUCCGUGUAACUAGUUUUAAACUUUCUUUGAAACAUUCGGGAUGAUGUAAGUACACAAGUCAGCAAAAUAUAUAACACUUCUAGUGGUUUUGGGAUAUUGUAAUCUUACAUUUUGUGCAUUUAAUGUUUCUAAAACUAAGGAGAUGACUAUUGAUUUUAACUCUUGGAUGAAAUCUAUUUAGUAUAAGCAAACAAGCAUUAAUGGAGUAUGUAUAGAGACACCCCAACUGUGUUGGAUAACACAUUUUAAUUUUCUCCCAUUACUGAGGUUUUGUGUAAGAGGGGGCAGCAAAGAUUGUAUUGCUUGUGGAAACUAAGGUUAUUUCAUGUGGACAAAACAUUGAUGUAAGAACUUUUUAGGAAGGAAAUGUAUUGUGUUUUUGUUGUUUAUGUGAAAUGUUUGAUUGCUGCAACCAAAUUGCCUUUGGGAAAUAAAUCAAAUGAACUGAACUGAA